AUGAUGAGACCUAUCUUAUUAAAGGGACACGAGCGUCCACUUACACAGGUGAAAUUCAAUGCAGAUGGCGACCUUCUUUUUUCAGUGUCGAAGGAUCAAGAGGCUUCAGUGUGGUACUCUUCAAAUGGUGAGAGAAUAGGUACAUUAAAUGGACAUAAGGGUACCAUUUGGUCUAUAGACGUGGACCCAGAAACGGAUUAUGUGACUACAGCAUCGGCAGACUUCACAGGUAAACUUUGGAAGGCACAGAGUGGAGAGUGCAUCUAUACAUGGAACUUUGAUGCACCUGCUAAAAGGGUGGAGUUCAGUCCAGACGGAAACAAGGUGUUCUUUAUUACGGACGAAGUGAUGGGUCAGAUUGGAACCAUCAAGAUUUUUGAUAUAGACCACAGUAAGAACGAACAGUCGAGCACGCCAGUGUUGGAGAUUAAGAAUGAUAAAGGGGUGAGUGAAAGAUUUAGCGUGGCAGCUUGGGGCUAUGGAGGAUUGACUAUUGUUGCAGGACACGCCAACGGCAAGCUUUCUAAAUGGGAUGCUAAGACAGGGGCAUUCCUUGGCGGCGUGAAACCACACGACUUACUGGUGACAGACAUACAGACCAGUCCUGAUAAGACGUACUUUAUUACGUCUUCCAAGGACAAGAGCGCCAAAUUAUUUGACGUAGACAAGUUGGAAUUGCUCAAGUCUUAUCCAUCGGAUGCUCCACUCAAUUCUGCCUGUAUCACGCCUGUGAAGGACUAUAUUAUUGUGGGAGGUGGACAAGAUGCCAGAGAUGUUACCACCACUUCUGCCUCCGAGGGUAAAUUUGAGGCAAAGAUCCAUCAUAAGAUCUUUGAAGAUGAGAUUGGCCGUGUUAAGGGCCAUUUCGGUCCUCUCAACUAUGUGGCCGUGCAUCCUCGGGGUACUGCAUAUGCUUCAGGUGGUGAGGAUGGUUACAUUAGAGUGCAUCACUUUGCUAAGUCGUACUUUGACUUCCAAUACGAUGUAGAGAAGACGGCCCAAGCUGCAGAGCAGCAAGCCUUAGAUAAGAAAGAGCAGGAAGAAGAGGAAAAGAAGGAGCAGCAGGCAGUGGAGGCAUGA